AUGAUACGCGACGCCGACAGCCUUGUCAAAUCAAAAUUACCGAACUUGAAGACACUUCACAUCCCCGAGAACAACUUAAGUAUCAUAGCCAAAUUCGCACCAUCAAACUUCCGAAUGAGAGAGCUCAUUUUGAGACGCAACUCUCUCACAUGGAUAGAGUCCAGAGCUUUUAUGCAUCUUACAGACUUAGUCUUUCUAGAUCUAGCUCACAACAGCCUUUCAUAUGUGAACGAAUCGAUUUUCUCAUUCAGCUCAAAGCUGGAAUAUCUAAACUUGUCUAGAAACAAGCUAAUUACUCUAACGGGAGUGUUCAAUCGUGUGCGUCAAAUCAGGAGCUUACAACUCUCGUUCAACCGUAUAGAUAACAUCACUGGUGUCUUGAAUGGGCUUAGUCGGCUCCGAAAGCUCUCAUUUAGAAACAACCUGCUCAGUUGCAUACCGGAUGGAACCUUCAGCGACAACGGCGGCUUGCAUACCGUUGAUUUGUCUUCAAACAACAUUCGGUGGCUAGGAAGGGAUGCUUUCAAGGGUUUCUCAGCACUACAGAAACUGCUCCUGCAAAGUAACCGAAUACUUUCUCUGAAUGGGUCAGUGAGAGAUUUGCCUAAACUGGAUUACCUGGACGUGUCUUUCAACGAGCUACAGGUGCUGGAAAGUGGGGAGUUUGAAAAUGACGCCGCUUUGAUUACCAUCUCAUUCGCAAAGAACAACAUCAGCAAUGUCGAAGGCGCAUUCGCCGGUGCUGCGGCCUUGCGGUCCUUGAGCCUCGCCCACAACCGAGUGAAACGACUGCUAAGAAGAGACUUCUCGCCCGAAAUGUCAAGCGAGAUGAUCGUCACACUCGACAGUAACGUACUGUUUUGCGACUUCUUUACCUCAAUCUGUCAUUGUUGCUUAUACUAG